AAAAAAAACAACACGAUAAGAUAGUUUAUCAAUUUCUUUUUAUUACUAAGAAACAAAUCGUAGCCAGUCAAGUGAUAUGUGUGCAGUGUUUCAGGUCAAUUUUAAAAUGUUUUGUGCAAUUAUUGUCAAUUAAUGCUGCAAAAUUAAACAAAAUAAUUAAAUUAAGUGCAAUAAAAUUAAUAAAAAUGCCAGGCAAUUCCACAACAAAUCAAAACAGUGCUAGUAAUAAAAUAGACAAGUCAUGGACGACCUUAGAUUGUGAAAACUUGAAUAAUGACUUUGAUUUAAUAAUUCAAAAGAUAAACGAGAUAAAAGUGAUCAGUUCAAAUAGUGUAUUAAGGAUUAAAAUAAUCACAGCGAAUGACACAAAUGAAUUAUGCUCAAUAAAUGUGAAAAAGCUACAACAAAAAUCCAAAAAUAAAUCAAUUGUUAUCUUUGUAGCUGCCAAAGAUGACAAGAAGUUUCUUAUUUAUUGGAAGUCAAAGGAUGUUAGACAAGUCAUGUUUCUCAGCUCUUAUAGGGAUUACUUUUCUGAGCAUGACAAAGAUGUUUGUGAAUUUGCUGCUGAAUUUUUGGUAAACUCAUUGCAAGAUGGACAUUUGGGAAUCAAUGCAAAUUUUGACAUAUCAAACAUAAAAGGCAGAGUUGAGCUUCAUUCUUUAGUUGAUUCUCGAAACUAUAACUUGAUGCUUCUCGCAGCUGAAUCAGGAAGUGUUAACCCAAUAAAACCACUUCUGAAGUAUGGUAUCGAGACACAAUUACAAGAAAGUGAAGUCACUGCUCAAAGUCUGUCAUAUAAUGGACGUCAUUUUGAUGUCUUGUUAGAACUACUUCAAGCAAAUUUGACAUUUCCUUCGCAAGUUGAUGUAAAUGAGUGCUCGGAGGAAUUAAAAUGCUUUAUAGAAACCAGUGAAAAAUUUCAUCAAAUGAUUGAGGAUCAAAAUAUGGAUAGACUUAAUGAAAUUAUACAGCAAUAUUCAAAUCAUCGAUAUUUCUACAAUUUAUUGAACGAAUCAGCAAUCAAAGUUGCAUUGGAACUAGAUUCUUUGGAUAUUUAUGAGUUUUUAGUUUCAAAAAAUCUUUCAUUUGCUCCAAAUGAGGAUAUAGACACAAUUAUGAAUGGUUUGAGCCUAGAAAAAAUGAAGAAUAUAUCCAUAAUUCACAAAAAGUACGACAAAAGCUUCCCAGAGAAGCACAUGACUAUUCUUAUGGCUAACUCCUUUGUUAUCCAAGAAAAGUCAGUUAAAAAUGAAUAUUUGAACAAAGUGCAUCAAGUCUACAAAGAAUUCAACAAAGAUUCUCGAUUAAAAGUCAUCCUUCAAACUGUUGCAGCCACAAAAAUAUUUAAAAUUGUAUUUAACUUCUGUCGUGAUUCUACAUUUGAGUAUCCAGCUGCUCCAGAAUCAUCUCACACUUCUUACAGAAUUGAUAUUCCUGCCAAAGACUUACUAAACAUCAAUACAAUAAACAAAGUAUGCGCAACAUUAGCUUAUGAGCUUUGUCAUUACGCCCUUCAUGCUGUUUACGGCAAUAAAGCGAAUCCAUACACAAAACUUGAUCGAGAAGCUGAAAAAAAGUUCCACAAAGUUUUAAUCGCAUCCAAACAAAAUAAAGAAAAUGAAGAAUUGAUCAAAAUCGUCUUUGACAAUUACGGAAAGAAUGAGCAGCCAUCUGAGUUGAUUGUCCGGCCAGCACAACUUAUUGCAAUGUAUAUUAAUCAACAUGAGAAGCUUCAGAAAAGUGUUGGGAAUUUUCCAGAUCUUUUUGAUCAUUUUGAAAUUGUUAUGUCUGAGAUGGAAAGAGCAUUGCCAGAUAUUGAGGCAAGAUUUGUCUGCAAACCAAAAUAUGUCUAUAGUAAGUUGUCAGAAAAGACCAAAGUAAAGCUUAAAAGUCGUUUGGUAAAUUUUAAAAGUGUAAAAGUUAUGUUGAGUGAAUUAUUUCCUGAAAAUUCUGCGAUUUAUGAGUUGCUUACUUCAGAUCACAUUCUUAGAUUGUUAAAAAAUGAAAAUUUGAAUUUCAAUGAUCCUGAAUUUUGGUAUUUAGGGAAACUAACUGAGUUUAAAUGGGAAAAUUUGCCAAAAAUUCUAAAAGAUAAAUUUUUAAAUUCAAGUCUAAAUUUUCAGGGUCAAGUUGUUGAAUUUAAGAAACUUUAUGAACAUUAUCAUGAAGCUUUUGAUGAUCUUACUUCAAAACAAAUAAAUACUGUAUUGAAUGGGGAUAUUCUUUCAAUUGGUGAUAUAGUUGGAUGCAAGGAACAAUUAGCAAUUGAAGUUAAUAAUUGUAAGUUCUACGUUGAAAGAAAAUUCAUACCAGAAGAUGUAAAUUUGAUUUAUUUUGAAUAUGUGAGUAAAACUGAAAGUAUUCAUGAUGAAGCUAAUCCAGAGGAAUGUGCUGAAAUAAUCAGUAAAUUUCCAGAAUAUUAUGAUAAAUUUUCAAAUCAAGGUUUUGACAGUUAUUACCAGAAUCUUAAGAUUAUUCAAGAUAAUUCAAGUUUUCCCAGCCAAGAUUUCAGCUUUAAUGACAAACAGUUUCAUUUUGUGCACAAAAAUAGUAUUGAAAUUAUCGAGCAGGCUGAGAAUGCUAGAAUUUUAAUUUUAUCGUCUGAAACUGGGUCUGGAAAAACCUCAACUUUUAAGCAUCUUAUGGAAGAGGUUAAGAAAAAAUGUCCAUUUAAGUGGGUUGCGUAUAUUGAUUUGAAGAUUUUGAUGACUUUUUUGGAAACUGAUGAUGGUUUCGCAAGUUUUAUUGAUUCUUUUGGAUACUCUGAUGUAAAAUCCGACGCUAGCAUUGAAAAGUUUAAUAAAAAUUCUAAAACUUUUGAUGAUAAUUUAGAAAAUUUUGACCAAAAUUUGAAUAAAAAUUCCAGUGAAAAUUUAGAAAAAUUGAACCAAAGUUCCAAUAGUCAUAGUGAAGUUCCUGCGAAUCGUGGCAUCAAUAAUUUAAACUUAGAAGAUUUAAGCAAAAUUGUAUUUAAUUUAAAUUCAGAAAGCUACAAUUUUCAGGUUAGAAUUUUCCAAGAAUGUUUAAAAUUAGAAAAUCUUGUCUUAUUUUGGGAUCAUUUUGACGACAUUCCUUUAACCUCAUCUAGAAACUUUAUAAAUUUAUUCAAUUUAAUUUACACAAAAACUUCAAAUGUUCAAUACAUCAGUUCAAAUCCUUCAGUUUCCGAUAAACUAAGUCAAUCAUUGAAAAUAAGAACUUGGCAGUUGCUGCCAUUUAAUGAAGGCAAUAAAAAAGAAUUUUUGACAAAACAUUUCAUUUCUAAAAAAAUUCCAAAUGAUAAAAUUGAAGAAAAUAUUGCAAAAUGUGAAGAAAUAAUGAAAAAAUUCAAUUCAAAUGACAUUUUUGUGUAUGACUUUGACACUCCAAUGAUUCUUCAAUUGUUAUCUUUUACUGACGAUCAUGGUAAAAUCUUUAACUAUUCACAAAUUUACACUAUUUUUGAAACUUUCAUUCAACAUAAAAUCAAAGAUUGGUUAAGAAUUAGCCUCGAAAAUACCCAAAAAUCAGACCUUAUUGAUUCUUUAAAAAUAAUAUUCCAAAAAUACGCUUUACUUCAAGAAUUUUCAUUAUUUUCAAGCACGACGUUGGGUUUAAAGAUGAAAAAGUUGCAAAUAUUCCAAAAACAACUCCCACAAAAUUUAUCAAUGCGAAAAAUUUCAUCCCUAAAAAUCUUAAUUUUUAAUGAAAAAAAUAAUUUCAAAUUUGUUCACAAAACAAUUUCCGAGUUUUUUGUUGGUCAAUAUUUAAUUGAAAACAUCCUCAAUGUCAAUGGAUAUGUAGACAUUAAUGAGGCUGAAUUAAGACUUGAAUUAUUUUAUCAUUUAAUGCAAAAUUACGGUAACCUUCAGCAAGUAAUUACAGACUUUAUGUCUUCAUAUCUUAAUGUUAGAGAAAAAAUUAAGAAAAAAUUCAAUCCAACAAUUUCGAUUCUUUUGAGGACAAAAUUUAAGAACUUCUUCAUCCGAAUGUUGGACACAAAUCGUCCAAAUAUUUUUGAAUUUUUAUUUGAAUUUUUCAAGUCAGAUCAUAGCCUUUUAGUUGACCUACUGCAUGUUCAUGAAGAUGAAACACUUUAUACGGCUAUUUUUGAUCCUAAUUACUUUGGAUUGUUUGUUGAUCCUGAAAAAAUUAGGGAACUGGGUGAGAAGUGCUUGACAGAUGAGGAGUUUGAAAGUUUUGUGAACGGUAAGAAUCAGAGGGGUAAGAUAAUUUUUGGGGAGAGUUUUUAUAGUUUACUGGGGGUUGUGAAGAGUCAUGAGCCUUAUGGUUCUAAGUUUGAAGAUACAUCUCUAAUCCAGUGGCAUAAUAAGGGGAUAGUAACUGCAUUAGAUACGCCAACCACUCAAAAUACAGAUGAGCAGCUUUCAGAAGCUUCGUACCCCAAACAAGAUGGAGAAUUCCAAAAUAUUGAGACCUCCAUGUCCAUAAACUACUGGAAGUUCUUACAAAAACUCCUUAAACCACAAACUUUUAUGCAAAAGCUAUUCACAAAUCCCCAAGACGACCCUUUAACUGAAAAUGACCAAAAACAACUCUUCAUGAUGGCAAUAAGUCCAAAAAUUUAUUUAUUUUACAACAAGCUAUUCAGCACUCCUGAUUUUGUCGAGUAUAAAAAAUUAUGGACUAAUUUUGAGAAUUUAUUAGCAAAAGCUGAGAUGCAAGAAGCCAUUGGGAAUGCUAUGAUGAAUUACUUUGAGAUUUGUCCAGAUAACAAGGAUGGACAUGACAAGUUCCUCUACUUGCUACUCAAAAAAGCUAAAAAAUUCUUAUCAAAUUCUCAAAUUUAUGAAAUGUUCAUGUCCAAAAAUAUUUUGCAUGAAGCUUUUUGGGAUUCUGGGAAUUUUAAAAUUUUGUGGACUUUUCUCAGCGAUCAUUCGACUAAAGACGAACGGAAGCAAAUUCUAUUGCAUGAUGAUCUUGGCGACAAGAACUUUUACUUCUUCAGCUUGCUAAAUGAGUCAAAAGAUAAAUUUUCAAGUCACAAGUUUGUUUAUUUCUUUUAUGAUUUUACAGCAUUAAAAAUCAUCCACAGAACAAUGACGACUGGAAAUGCUCCGGCAUUUGAAUGCGUCACUGAAAUUUAUGAAAAAUAUUUGACCAAAAAUGAAAUUCGGGAAAUAAUCAUGAGCUCAACUGACUUUUUACUUUAUUUAAUUGGAAAAUCAAAUGAAAAUUCUUGUCAAGAUUUUGUUAAUUAUUUGAAAAAACUGUUUAAAGGAAGUGACAAUUUAUUAUUGGAAUUUUUAGACAAGAAAGUUCAGCCAACAAAUUUGUCUAUUUUUGAAUUUAUUGACGAUUAUAAAGAACUUGUAGGUUCAAAGUCAAAAUGGUAUGGAAAUCUUGAAAUUUUGUAUAAUUUGUAUGAAAUAUUGAAAGCCAAUAAAAUGUAGUUUUUGCUUAAUUUUGAGUAAAUUUUAUUUUGACUGACUAGCUGCUUCGAGUUUUCAGAAGUGGAAGCACUUGAAGAUUUCCAAGUUUGUACAUCAGAUAGCUGCUAGUUGGUAGGUUUUCAUAUUGUUUUUGUUUUUACAGAUUUUAGAUUUUACAGCUCAUAUUUUAUUUGAUUUAUGUGUGAUAACAAGAUAAUCUUCCUUGCUGUAAUAGCUGAUUUUUUAAAAU